CGGGAAAAGCGCAUGUUUACUACCUUAGCCGGGACAAAGAAAUCUAUUUGUUUCAGUCGUCUGCACGUGGCCUUCACCCGGGUUUAUUGUGUGCUUUUUCUGCCACCUGUCGAAGACCUGCUCUAAGACACACUUAUUUCCUUUUGGACCCCGUCGACAACCCGACUUCGGUGUGAUCACGGAGAUACCGCACGCCGCUCUUCUUUCGAGACGCCAGAACCACCACAAUCACUGCUUUCCCCUGAAGACUUUGCUCGGCCACAAUCCGCUCGACUUCGUGAUGGCCUCUGGGCCAUUGUACCUGGGCUUUGACCUGUCGACUCAGCAGCUCAAAGCCAUCGUUGUCGCCUCCAACCUGACAGUCGUCUCCGAGGCGAAAGUCGACUUCGAUGCCGACUUUGGCGCCAAGUACAAGAUCAAGAAGGGCGUCCUGACCGACGAGGCCGAGGGCGAGGUCUAUGCCCCCGUGGCUCUGUGGCUCGAGAGUCUGGACCUCGUACUCACGCGGCUGCGCGACGACGCCAAGUGCCCGAUCAGCCGGAUCAAGGGCAUCAGCGGCUCCGCACAGCAGCAUGGGAGCGUGUUCUGGAACGACAAGGCGGAGGCGGCGCUGAAGGGGUUGGGCUACAGCCAAGGCGGAAGUGGAAGUGGGAGUGGCCUGCUGGAGCAGCUCGAUGGCGUGCUUGCCUACCCAUUUGCGCCGAAUUGGCAGGACCAUAGCACGCAGGCGGAGUGUGACUUGUUCGACGCCCACCUGGGGGAUGAGGCCAAGCUCGCCGAGGCGACAGGCAGCUCUGCCCACCAUAGAUUCACGGGCACACAGAUCAUGAGGAUGCGGCGGAAAAGGCCCGAGGUCUACAAGAACUCGGCUCGCAUCUCGCUCGUCUCGUCUUUCCUCGCUUCCGUCCUCCUUGGUGACAUCGCCCCGCUUGAGAUCAGCGACGUCACCGGCAUGAACCUUUGGGACAUUGCGAACGAGCAAUGGAACGAGCCUCUGCUUGAGCUUACGGCAGGCAGCAAGGACGCCGUGCCCGACCUGCGCGCCAAGCUCGGCGAGGUGCCUCUGGAGGGCGCGGAACCUCUCGGAACCAUCAGCCCGUACUUUGUCGAGCGCUUCGGCUUCAGCAAGGACUGCAAGAUCGCACCAUUCACCGGCGACAACCCGGCCACGAUCCUCGCCCUGCCCUUGCGUCCCGGCGACGCGAUUGUGUCCCUGGGCACCUCGACCACGUUCCUCAUGAACACUGCGACGUACAAGCCGGACCCGUCAUACCACUUUAUGAACCACCCGACGACAAAGGGCCACUACAUGUUUAUGCUCUGCUACAAGAACGGCGGCCUCGCGAGGGAGAAGGUACGGGAUCACCUGCCCAAGCCGCCGGCGGGCCAGGAUCCAUGGGCCAACUUCAACAAGGCCGUGCUCGACACCCCGCCGCUCGACGUCAAGCCGGGCGGCGACGCCAAGACCAGCAAGGCCAAGCUGGGCCUGUACUUCCCGCUGCCCGAGAUCGUGCCCAACGUGCGCGCGGGGACGUGGCGGUACGAGUGCUCCGCGGAGGACGGGUCGGGCCUGGCUCCCGUGCCGGAGGGGGACCCGCGCUGGCCGCCCGAGGCCGACGCGCGCGUCAUUGUCGAGUCGCAGGCGCUCUCGCUGCGCCUGCGCUCCCAGAGCCUCGUCGCCGCCCCGCCCGGCGCCAAGAGCCAGCUGCCGCCGCAGCCUCGCCGGGUGUACCUCGUCGGCGGCGGGUCGCUGAACCCCGCGAUCGCCCGGGUCAUGGGCGACGUGCUGGGCGGCGCGGACGGGGUGUACAGGCUCGACGUCGGCGGCAACGCCUGCGCGCUGGGCGGUGCGUACAAGGCCGUCUGGACCCUGGAGAAGGGCCCCGAGGAGAGCUUUGACGAGCUGAUUGGCAAGCGGUGGAAGGAGGAGGAGGCCAUCCAGAAGGUCGACGAUGGGUAUCGCGAGGGUGUGUUUGAGAGUUAUGGAAGGGUGCUCGGGGCGUUUGAGGAGAUGGAGAGGAGAGUGCUCAAGGAGUUUAAGAACUAGAUGGAAAGGCCGCGGGUAAUAUCAGAACAUGUUGCAUGUACAAGGUCGAACGAAAAGUGAAUUCCAGAUGUGUAUUUGCUCACUCGGAACGAGAGAAAGAACAAGACCUCUGCUCGACUCGAGCUCCUCAAACGCCAUACGCCCCUACUUCUCGGCUCGCGUAGCUCGCAACAUGCCCAAGCUCGAGAGACCCCAAUCAGCCUGAGGAAUGAUUCAGGCACGUUGGCUUUGAAGAAAAAGAUGUAGAUGCAGUUCUCUCCGCAGG